AACGAGAGGGCAGCGAAGCGGACAGCACGACAGCAUGAAGGGCGACACCUGGGACCCCUGUAAGACGUGGAACGACAGCUCAGUAUCCUCGGAUCGAACAUGGAGUCAGAUGUCCAACUGGGGUGCUUGGCGGUGGCCAAGCGAGGACGACCACUCGGGGGCUUCGGCAGGCAAGUACGAGUUGAAAGGUAAGGGCUGCUCAGGCGGCUCCGAGACGGACUCAGAAAGGUCAGUGCAGUCGAGAGGGUUCGGCACACCAGAGCAGGUGAAGAAGAUGAUGGCAGAGGUGCACGGAAGACUCGAGUCGGGCGGGGAGUACGAGCAACGCGACCAGCGACGUGGAGGCCGAAUAGGAAAAGACCCACCUUGCCCGACCUGGGAUGGAAAGGACAUCAGCGAGUGGCCAGAGAAGCGGCUUGCCAUAGACAGAUGGAGCAGAUUGACGGCAGUGUCGCCUGAGGAGCAGGGCGAGACCCUGCUGCUGCCCUUGACCAAGGAGGCGGCGACUGCGACACGACACCUACGACCAGGUUCGGUACAGUACGCAGAUGGUCUACAAGCAGUCAUUUUGGCACUGGACACGCUGGCGUUCCCAGAGGCAGACGCGGAGACCUUCCAGCAGCUGGAAAAGACUCUCUUCGCGGCUCCUAGGGCGAGAGAAGAGAUGCUGAUGAAGUGCACCAAUCGAGUACGAGCAGAGCAGAAGGAGUUAGAACGGCUACUCCCCAACGCACUGAACGACACGGUCAUGGGUUUCUUGCUAUUGAGAGGAGCGGGUCUGGCCAAGACGGAAAGGAACCAGGUUCUCAUCCAGACGGGCUGCGACUACAACGUCGACAAGCUGGUCUCGAUUCUGAAGCGGAUGACGGACGACAGCGCGGUCACCGAGAAGAGCACACCGGCAAAAUGGGCAUACUUGGCGGGAAGUGACGAGGGCGAGCCCCUGAUGUCCGAGGAUGGUGAAGCCGAGAGUGAUGUGUACGACGCGAAGGCCAACCUGCUCGGGAUCGACGACGAUGGAACACCCGACGGACAAGAACCAGCUGACGAUGGAGAACGGAUCCUCGCGGAGGUCGAGGCGCUCGACUGCCUCGCGGCCAUCGUCCCACCACCGACGAAGCCGCGGACGUGGGGCGAGGCUCGGAGGAUCGUGGCGGACAAGAAGACCAAUCGGGGGCUCCGCAACCUGCAGGACGGCAAGAAGCUCAACGACAAGAUAGAGGACAUCAAGAAGCGCACGAAGUGCGGAAUCUGUAAGAAGGUUGGACACUGGCAUCGAGAGUGCCCCGACAAUCCGAAGAAUAAGAACAAGCGGACGGGAGGUUUCAUUGCGAUGACGGUGCGGCAGGACGACGAGAUCUGCAGCUACAUAGCGACAGGGGCGAAGAUGGCGUCAAGGUCGAACCUAGUAGAGCACAUCAAGCUGGCGAUCGACAUCAAGACGUCAGGGCUGGACACCUACGCGAAGCGGGAGGCACACUACAACAAGGAGCAUGGCAUCACGCUGCAAACGAUCCCGUACCAUAAGAAGUACACUUUCGGCAAUGACCAGAUCUGCACGGCGACGGACGGGGUGAUCAUCCCGAUCAUGCUGGGCAACUGUGUUGGCAUCAUUUUUGUGUGCUUGGUGCAGGGAGCGGCUCCACUUCUGUUGUCUAAGACAUUUGUCGUGGAGCUGAAGGCGUCCCUCCAUGCAUUUCAGUCGGAGCCGGAUCUGCCUGAGCAGAGCCUGCGACUCCCCUUGGCACACGCUGGAGGGGAGCACUUUUUGCUGCAGCUGGAUAACUUCACGAGACCGUGGGGCAAGCCUGAAGGCUGGACACUGUGCACAAAGGAGGUUUCUAUGGAUUUCAGUUUCAGGAACAGCACCAACAGCAAGCACGUGAACAACACAAACGCCGUGAGCAGCAUCAACAGCAGGUCCGAGAACAGCAUAAAUGACGAGCUGACCGAGAAGGAGGAGCGGAAGAUCAGCAAGGCGCUCAAGGAGUUAGGCAAAACGGACAAACUGAGGGGGGCCAUGGAGGACGCGAUUCCAGAGUGCACCGCUUUCCUCGGCCAGCUAGAGGAGCAGGCGUGGAACAUGAUCAAGAGUGCGAGCCCCCUACUCGCGAUCAUCAGGCCGCCCAAGGACAUCUACAACAAGAAGCUCAAAGAGAAGAUCGGCAGGGACGUGACGACCUUCAUGUCGGACAUGGCGACCCAGCAGGCGAUUAACGGCAGGUGCUUCUACUACGAGCAGGAGGAGAGCUCUCGAGAAUGGAACGACCCACCCAUCCAGAAGCUGAGGCGACUUCCCGAGGUAUUCCCGGGGAAAGCUAAUGCACGAGGACGGGCCUGUUUGACCAACCUACCUGGCCAGGCAUCAGAGUACGGGAAGAUGCUGAGUCAGGAGUUCGUGCAGGGCUCUCUGCAGAACAAGCUGGGGGACGUGCCGAUACCCCUGCAGGAGCUUACUGGACCUCUGGCACGAGCCAUCGCGAAGGCCAAGAUGAGCGAGCUGGCGACCGUCGAGACGAAGAUGAACAAAGACAAUUCAAGCUCGCAGUGUGCGUCUUGUUGCACAGCGCCCGUCUCCAACAACAAGGACGAGACGGGCACGGAUCCUCAUGUCAAGCAGCAGGUACAGAAGAUACACGAGAACAUGGGUCACUGCAGUAACGAGAAUCUGGUGAUGGUUUUGAAGUACGGCAGAGCUCGCCAGGUCUUUAUCGAGGCCGCGCAGCAUCUGGUCUGUCCAAGCUGCGAGGCAAACAAGCGCCCCAGGCUGGCCAAACCGUCCAAGGCUCCCACAACCUACCAGUUCAACGACAUCAUCGGCAUGGACAUCUUCUUCGUUCUAGGUCCCGAGAACACCACCAAGGUACCGAUGCUCAACAUCGUGCGUCACGGGACGGGGCACCAAGUCGUGCUACCGCUACCGAUCAGACAAGGUCAGCAGAUCAGACGGCAUUAUCGUGCUUUCUGGAAGCGGAUGCACGGCACUCCCAGGAUCAUCGUGAUAGACGGCGAGAGAGGUUUUUCAACAAGCGAGUUUCCAGACGCAGCUGAAGGAGACGGCACCGAGGUGAAGGCGACGAGCGCUACUUCGCCAUGGCAGGCAGGCAAGACUGAGAGGGCUGGGGGGACCUGGAAGGAUACCUUCUACCGCACAAGGCAGAAGUUCAACACCAAGAACUGGGACGACUUCUACGAGCUGGUCGACUCAAUCAACGUGGCGAUUGCCAUGAAUGGGGACACCGAGCUUGCCAGGAGCAUUGACAUGCGCAAGGCAGCCAUGGCAGCGCACAUCGAGGCGGAGUGCUCCGAGAAGUGGCGCAAGUACGAGGACCUGACCAAGCAGACCUCACCAGCUGAGGAGGACCAGGACGACGUACCUCAGACAGCACCUCCAGGGCCCGCAGGGGAUGAUCAACCAGCGGCCUCCCUGGAGCCACCGACGGUGGAAAUCGAGCACUCCUCCGAUGCGAAGUCAGAUCCCAUCCCCAUGGAAACGCAGUACUAUGAUCACCUCGACGAUGUACCGAUCACCAUGAAGCAGGCUCUAGUUAACCCUGACGCGGCGAUACCGGUGGCACAACGUAUCGCGACCAUCGAGGAGGAGAUUCAGAAGGACCAGCAGGCUCCUCCUAAGAAAAAGAGGAAGGGAAAAGCUCAGGGCGCCACCAGCGCUCUGUUGACUAGUGCAGCUCAACGAGGACGCAAGGAGUUCACGGAGAAGUCUCUUGUGAACACCGACAAGUACCAGCCGUGCAUCUCAGCCAAGCGCAGGGAGUGGGACAACAUACGAAAGGCGGGUGCAGUACGGGUUCCCCCUCCAGAAGAGGCAGAACGAGUUCGACAGGAUCAUGCAUUGACCGCUCGGAUCACGGGCCCCAGGUGGGUACUUACGGACAAGGGCGGCGACCCCAACGAGACCGACGCGAGCAGGAAACCCUUGCUCUUCAUGAGUGGCAACGACUGGAGGAUGGCCAAGGCGCGAUGGGCCGCCCAGGGACACGCCGACCCUGACCUGCUGGAGCUGGAGACCUACAGCCCAGUCGUGGGUAAGGAUUCGGAUUUCCUCAUCCUGCAGAUCUUGUGCACCAAUAAGUGGACGCUGCAGCUUGCAGACAUCACGUCGGCCUUCACAGCAGGAGACCCACUGGACAGUUAUGCCGAAGAAAUCGGCUUUCAGUGUUCCAUAAUUAACGGCUGCGUCCUCUACCUCAGGGACGAAGAGGGCUUGCGCGGCGCCAUGGGCCCUGCGGUGGACGACAUCGUGGGCGGCGGGAACCAGAAGUUCGAUGGGAAGUACACAGGCAAGGAGCUCGACCAGAACGACGACAACACGGAGAUCACCAUCUCUCAACGCCAGAGCUCCGUCAAUAUCAAUUUAUCGGCAUCGCCACAGAGAGACGUAAGACGCCUCAGUCACCAGUGA